AUGGACACUAUCAUUGCUUCGAAGACUAAACUCCACUAUGCUAAGGUUUGUGUAGAGAUAGGAGCUAAAGAGGAAAUACCUGAAACUGUUAAAGUGAAACUUACAAAUGGUCAAACUACUCUAAUCUACGUUGAGGUUCCCUGGUUUCCAAGUAGGUGUAGCAAAUGUGUUUUAUUUGGUCAUUCUGAGAAAAAUUGUCCUGCUAAACAAUCUACUGCUCCUACCACUUCGAAAAUUUGGCGAAAAAAGUCAGUCUCUACUACUAACACAGAAGUUAAGAAUUCUGACAGUAAAGAAGAUUUGCAGCACCAAAAACAGAAUUCUUCUUCCUCCAAGGAACUUUCAAAUCCUAAGAUUAGUCAUUCUGGAGAAGCUUCAGUUAAUCAAACUGAGCAACUCUCCAAAGAUGAUUCUAUAGUUCCUCCUAGUUCCCCUGUUGGAGAAGAAAAUUCUCCUAUUACCCAACUUUUACCUCAAACUGAUGAUUCUAUCCAAGUAGUAAAUUCUCCUAAGUCUCAAUCUGCUGCUAAUAAGGUUCAAGAACUUGUUUUUAUGCCUAAAAGAGAUAGAGGCUGGCCUAUCAAGAUCAAACCUAAAACAUCUCUUAAAGGGUCAGCAAAUCGAUUAGAAAUUCUUAGUGCAGUUGAUGAAAGUUCACCAAUUGUUGAGGUUCAAGUUAGAAAAAAGUAG